CCAGCGGAGCUUUGUGACGUCAGGCGGCCGCGGGGCGGCGUCACGCGCGGGGCUGACCCGGCGGCGGCGGCGGGGCGGGGGCGGCCUGGGACGCGGCGGGAGCAUGGAGCCGCGCGCCGGCUGCCGGCUGCCGGUGCGGGUGGAGCAGGUCGUCAACGGCGCGCUGGUGGUCACGGUGAGCUGUGGCGAGCGGAGCUUCGCGGGGAUCCUGCUGGACUGCACGAAAAAGUCCGGCCUCUUUGGCCUACCCCCGUUGGCUCCGCUGCCCCAGGUCGAUGAGUCCUCUGCCAACGACAGCCAUGGCCGGGCUCCCGAGGAGGGGGAUGCAGAGGUGAUGCAGCUGGGGUCCAGCUCCCCACCUCCUGCCCGCGGGGUUCAGCCCGAGACCACCGGCCCCGAGCCCCCCCCGCCCCUCGUGCCGCCGCUGCCCACUGGAAGCCUGCCCCCGUACCCUCCCUACUUCGAAGGCGCCCCCUUCCCUCACCCGCUGUGGCUCCGGGACACGUACAAGCUGUGGGUGCCCCAGCCGCCGCCCAGGACCAUCAAGCGCACACGGCGGCGUCUGUCCCGCAACCGCGACCCAGGGCGCCUCAUCCUCAGCACCAUCCGCCUGCGGCCGCGCCAGGUGCUCUGUGAGAAGUGCAAGAGCACGCUGAGCCCCCCGGAGGCCAGCCCCGGACCCCCAGCCGCGCCCAGGGCCCGCAGGAGGCUGGGCAGCGGCCCGGACAGGGAGCUCCGCAAGCCGGAGGAGCCGGAGAACGGCGAGCCCACGGCUGCGGCCACCGCCAGGAGGAGCAAGAGGGAGAGGCGCGAGGAGGACAGGGCCCCGGCAGAGCAGGUCCCGCGGAGCCCGGUCAUCAAGAUCUCCUACAGCACGCCCCAGGGCAAGGGAGAGGUGGUCAAGAUCCCCUCCCGCGUGCACGGCUCUCUGGAGCCCUUCCGUCCCCAGCAGGCCCUGCAGGACAACGGCAGCCAGGACCCCGAGGUGCUGGACAGAGAGUCCCGGGACCGGCCGUCCUGCGCGCCCUCGGCCUCCAUCCCCAAGUUGAAACUGACACGGCCUGUGCCGCCCUGCGCGGACCUGCCGCCCCCUAAGAUCCGCCUGAAGCCCCACCGUCUGGGGGACAGCGAGCACGAGCCCGUGUACCGGGCCGAGCUGGUGGAGGAGCUGAACGGGUACCCGCGGGACAGCUCGCCGGCGCCCUGUGCGGACGGCCCUGCCGGUGGGCUGGCGGACUUGUCUUCUGGAAGUUCGGGUGAGGACGAUGACUUCAAGAGCUGUCCCCAGGGUCCACAGGGACGCGAGGGCUUGGCUUUUCUCGUCAGCUGCCCUGAGGGGAGAGCGGACUGUGCCAGUGAGUCGGCGUGCAGCAGCGACAGCCUGGACGAGGCCAGAUCGUCCGGCUCGGAAGGGACGCCGGCAGACACGGGUGACCUCUCGCCUGGCCACGGCGCGUCAGCGCCCUCGGUGUCCAGAGAAGCUCGCCAAACGGUGCCACCCCUGACGGUCAGGCUGCACACACAGAGCGUGUCGGAGUGCAUCACGGAGGACGGCAGGACUGUGGCCGUGGGGGACAUCGUCUGGGGAACUGCUGAGAAGGAAGGGAAGAGGGGCUUGAAGCAGAGCAUCCAGCGAGAAACCUGGCCUGGACUGGGAUCCGGGAAGGCUUCCUGGAGGAGGUGGCAGGAGCCAGGAUCUGAAUGGGACUGUUCAGCUUCCCGUACGGAAUCUGCGGGGUCGGAGGAAGUUAUUCCAGGACUGAGAAAGUGAAGCCUCGUGGUGUGGAGGCACUGACGCCUGGCUCUGUCUAGGAGUCACUGUUGGUACCCCCGGCAGGUCUCAGCUGGCGUUGGGCUGGGGACUGUGUCAGCGGGGCCUCCGAGAGCCUCCUGCUUCCCCUGGGACGUGAAUGGGAGAUGGUCCAAAAUGCAGCUUCUCUUUAAUUUGUGUUUGUGUCGAUCUUACUAUGUAUGUUCAAUUUUUACAAGUCCAGUGGUCACGUGCAGUAUGUAAUGACGAGAAUUCACCUUCGUAUUUCUAGACGACGUACUGCUGCUGCUGCUUGAUCCUUAAGUUUUCAAUUUAGACGUUAGUUAUGGGCUUUUUCUAUGGAAGAUGAGGCUGAGAUCUCUCCUGUUCACUGCCACACAUCCACAUCCACUCACACACACACCCACUCACACACACAUCCACUCACACACACACCCGCUCACACAUUCACAUCCACUCUCUCACACACACCCACUCACACUCACACACAUCCACUCACACACACAUCCGCUCACAUCCACUCACACACAUCCACUCACACACACCCACACACACCCACUCACACACUCACACAUAUCCACUCACACACAUCCAUUCACACACCCGCUCACACAUUCACAUCCACUCUCACAUCCACUCACACUCUCACACAUCCACACACACACCCACACACAUCCACUCACACACAUCCACUCACUGUCACACACAUCACUCACACUCAUUUACUCACACCCACUCACACAAUCCACUCACACUCAUUUACACACGCACACAUGCACUCUCACACGCACAUCCACUCACACACGCACUCACAUUCAAACACACCCACUCACACACCCACUCACACACAUCCACUCACAUCCAGACAUCCACUGUCACACACAUGCACUCACACACAUUCACACAAACACGCAUCCACUCACACAUCCACUCACACACACACCCGCUCACACAUUCACAUCCACUCUCACACACAUAUCCACUCACACACACAUCCACACACACACCCACACACACAUAUCCACUCACACACACAUCCACUCACAUCCGCUCACACACACACCCGCUCACACAUUCACAUCCACUCUCACACACACACCCACUCACACUCACACACAUCCACUCACACACACACAUCCACUCACACACAUCCACACACAAUGUUUGGCUAACUCAAGACUCGGUGUUUAUGUUAAUGAUUUUAGCCCAUCCAUGUAGAGGAUUAUAGAUGUUGCCGGCCCUUUCUUCUCUGUAGCAUUGAUCCCGGCUUGGUGCUUGGUCUUCACAUUGUUUACAGUGUUGUCACUCAGGAAUGCCCAGCGUGAGGAGAAAGAAUCCCCUCUUACAUUCAUGCUCACACACACAUCCACCCUCACACUCUCACACGGCACACGCCUGCAGGUGCCCUCCAGGCCUCCCCGCGUGCCGCUGGGCUUCCUCACGGCAUGGUGGUCUCAGGGCGGUUGCAGUUUCUCCCAUGGCAGCCCAGGGCUUCCACGAGGGGAGCACUGGAAGUGGCAGUGGCCUCUCCGCGGGGCCGGGACAGGGGCAGGUCCCUCCAGUGACUUCUCGGCGGGGCUGCGACAGGGGCAGGUCCCUCCUGCCCUGCUGUGGUCAGGCAGGGCCCAUGGGGCGCCUUCCUCCUGACAGGAGGAGUGGCGGGGCUGGCGGGGCCCCGUGCGCCCUCGGCUCUGCAGGCUCCGCUGCCUUCCCCGUCCCUGUGCUCUCCACCCGCCGGCUGGUGGAGAACUGGGGCUGACAGUGUCUGUCCCUCUGUUUGUUGGAUUUAGGGGGCUGCUCUCUUCAGGGCCCAGGGUUGGCCCUGGGUUGCGGGGCUGAGGGGACCGUCUGUCCCCGCCAGGUCUUUCUGCCUGAGGUGGCCAUCCGGGGCCUGCGUGGGCUCAGGUGGGGGGCGAUGGAAGCAGAGCUGACACCUGGGGCUCCGCACAGAUCUGGGAAAGGGUUUUCCCCUCAGGGUCUAGCCCUCCCUUCCCACCCUGGGAUCCCCAUGCGUGGGGCUGUGUCCUGGUGGAGGGGGCUUGGGGCUCCUCCCCAGGCUCGGGUCUCCACGGGGCCGUCAGUGGGAGGCGAGGGUCCCCGGAGUCAUGUAUGGGGGUCCUUCCACACCAUGAGCCCGGCACAGGCAUGGUCGUCAGCCCCCACCAAGAGGCCACAAGGCUCCAGGCCCGCUGGCUUCUCUGUGGCCCUGCGUGUAGGGCCUGUGGACUGCGGGACUUCAGGGCUGUGGUCUGAGCCCCCAAGCAUGGAAGACCCUGCACUCUCUCCCAGCACAGCCGGGCUGUGGGCCCUGAGGGAAGGAGGGCCGGCAGGAGCUGGGGGGUGGUGGAGGUCCCGGGUGAGCCUCAGGCCCUCCGGGGCGCCCUGGCCUGCUGCUCAGACCUUGAGGGGCUGGUCCCCCAUACUCGACCCUGAGUUAAACCUCUGCCCCUUUUUGCUUUCCCCCAAGGUCACCGACGAUGAGGGCGCACCUGCUGUCCUGGAGCUUCCUAUCUCUGUUCGGGGACCCUGUGAGCCUUCUGGCCGGCUGCGUGCAGAGCCCACUGGGCACGGUGGUCGGCCUGGUGUGAGGCCCCCCAGGGACCGGCAGUGUGUCCAGGGAGGGGAUGGCCCUGAGCCCAGCGGCUCCUCCCGCUGAGUGUAUUUCUUCCCACCACUCAGCCCAUGGCUGCCCUGGCUCACGAGGCAGUCGGGACUCGUGACUUGCUGGCUGCUGCUGCCUCGCGCGCUGGGGUUCCAUGGAGGAACUGGGCCUGCCGCCCCGGCCUCGUCUGCUGCCCGCAUGCUGGGGUCCCGUGGAGGAACCAGGCCUGGCGCCCCGGCCUCACCCAGCGGCUGGUGUGGGCAGCUGUUCCCUGCCUCGCAGUGUCCUGGAGGCAGCUGUCUCGCAGACUCAGCUUGGUCUCCCGCAGGCUUCAGAAAAACCCAAUUGCACGUGUGGGAUUCUUCCCCAGCCCUUGGGUGCGGGGUCUCUGUGCACUUGAGAGCUGGGGGACCCACCCACCGUCUCCCACUCCAAGUUCAUCCCAGAGCGUGGGGCCCGCUGGGCACCUGGCACCUGGCCUGCAAGGCCACCUGUCCCCCAGAUGCUGCUACGAGUGACCAGUGCUGUGUGGAGGAGGCCAAGGGCGGCCCCUGGGAAACCAGGCUUCAACAGUACAAGGAAAAGAAACUUGCUCUGUUUUGUAAGAGCGUGUUCCUUUUCCUCUUUUUUGUCACUUUAGAGACCAAAAAGAAUAAAGAAAGAAAAGAAAAAAAUUAAUCUGCUCUUUCUUUGUUUAAAUGUUAAAAAAAAAAGAGAGAGAGAGAAACAUAUGUCAUAGUUGAAGUUGUGACUUGUGCGGCCACAGUUCACACUCAUGCGUGUGUCCCUGUCGGGGCUGACGGGGCCUGAGUCCCCUGGGCACUGCUGGGCGGGGCCCAGGUCGUACGGGUUGGGGUGACGCCGCCACCGGCUGCAUCUCGCUGCCUCCAGGUGGGGGGACACUGGCCACCGCCCUGAGCCCCAGGAGGGCUGUGGGCUGAGUCCCCAUCUCCAGGCCUCCCUGCUGGCUUUCCAGUGGACGCUGGGAUUUCCUGGAGAGGCAGUGCUCUGCACGCGGGGAGCUUUGUUCCUUGUUUCCUGGAGUGACUCCUCUCAUCCCUUGUUUCUUGAUUUGCUCAUUCAGAACCAAGGGAGAUCUCAGAGAUGACGAUGGUGGCUUUGCUUGUUCCUGGUUUUGCUAGAACAUUCUGUGCUCUAAAGGCAUCGCUGCCCUCAGCAAGGAUCGUCUGGCGGGGGAGGGGUCGGGGGAGGGCAGCAGCAUACACCUGGAGGGUCCUCUCCAGGGCACAUGAGGGAACAACCCUCAUGGUUUCCUAUGGUUCUGGACCUGACUUGCGAGGAGGGGCAUGGUUUUCAAACUGGUUUGUAGCAGCAGAGCCCUCUUCUCCAACAAAAUCACCCAGAAUCACUUCCUCCCGGAGGGGCUGGGCUCAUCCUCCUGAAGCCCUCCAGGCCCAAGAGUCCUGGGAAGCCUUUGAAAAUCCAGGGAGGGGCUCGCAUGAGCCCAGGAGAGCAGAGCCAGGACUUGAGAGGAAUGAGAGCCGCUCCCCCUCCCCUCCUCCCUCCCCGGCCCUGCCCACGUGGGUGCAGCAGAGUCAGGGCCCUGGCCCUUGGGGCUGGGCAUCUCAUCCCUCUGAGCUCCGGUGCCCAGGGGCUGCCCCUGCCUGAUCUGCUGCUCGGGGUGACUCCCCCUGCCGCACAUCCCACUUUGCACCCAGGACCUCCUACUGACUAGGGUUGGCUCCCCUUUACGAAGGAAGGCCUUCGUAAAGCUUGGCACUGCUUCAAGAAAUGUGUGUGUCCAAUGGAAGGAGCAGGCCUCACCCCUGGGACAAAAUAUGCGUGCAGCCCUGGGCACAUUCACUCCCAGCUGCCCAGCCUGCAACUAGAGCUCAGCCACUGCAGGUGACAGCAACGGGACCCGCCUUCGAGCCCGAGGCCAGGACUGAUGCCACAGCCUGCAGCUCCUCCCCAAGCCCAGCCCCAGCCCUUGCCCUUCAAUCCUGAGACCCUGAGAUGCAUGGGUGGGGCUUUCAUCCGGUGAGGAGCGGAGGCCCAGGGAGGUGGGUUCCCCAGCUGCCAGUACCCACUGGUCAGGCUGGGCUGGACCAGGUCCUGAAUCCCCGCCCUUCCACCCAUGGACUCCCCAGGAAGGCUGAACUGAGGGAAGAAUUCCUGCUGGGAAAGCCCUGUUUUGGGACCAGGGUUUCGUCCCUCUAUUGGAGGGGGUCAGGAGGACACCUGGGAGCGGAAUACCUGAGGGAGGAGCACCUGGCGGGGAGCCUUGGGGGAGG